AUGUCGCAACCGCCCGAUGUCAAUUUUGCUCGAGGGUUGCCCAAAGUCGAACUCCAUGCUCAUCUAACAGGUAGCAUUAGUAGACAGUGUCUGCACACGAUAUGGCUGAGGAAGAAAACCAAAGAUCAUUCGUUCGCUUUAGAAGACCCAUUGACAGCUAUACCGAGGGCCGCGGGUGGUGAGAUCAAUGUUUCCAGCUUCUUUCCGAUCUUUGACAAGUAUAUCUACGCUUUGGUCUCUGAUCCAGAGAGCAUACAACAUGCGACCACAUCCGUCUUAGAAGACUUUCAGGAAGACGGCGUUCGCUAUUUAGAGCUUCGAACCACGCCUCGCGCUAUACCAGAUGCCGGGAUAAGUAAGGAAGACUAUGUCGCCAUUGUCUUGAAAGCUAUGGACGACUUCAGAGCAUCGGUGAAGGAGAAUAUUGCAGGUGCACCUCCUUACGACAAGCUACAUGCAAAACUCAUACUGUCUGUUGAUCGCAAAAACUCACUUGAAGAAGCCAUGGAAGUCGUGCGUCUGGCUCUAAAGUACAGUCAUCUUGGUGUCGUUGGUGUAGACCUGUGUGGCAACCCCACUCGCAAACCGAUCUCUCACCUACAGCCAGCGUUUGCAGAAGCUCGAGCCCAAGGACUCGGUAUCACGUUGCACUUUGCAGAGAUUGCUCAAGAGGACCCCAGCGAACUGGAAGAAAUGUUAUCCUGGCAACCGCAAAGACUAGGCCAUGUCAUCCACGUACCCGAAGAACUACGAAAAGUCAUCAGAGAGAAGAAGAUAGGACUCGAGCUGUGCCUAAGCUGCAACGUCCUCUGUGGCCUAAGUCAAGGCGGAUUUGGCGCUCAUCACUUCGGCGAAUGGCGGGAUUUUGGUGUACCUAUCGCUCUGUCUACCGAUGAUGUGGGCAUUUUCGAGUCAACGCUGAGCAACGAGUAUAUGCUUGCAGCACUGAAUUUUGAUCUUGACAGCACGCAAGUUGUGGAGCUCUGCAGAGGUGCUGUGGAUACUAUAUUUGGCGGACAAGCUGAGAAGGAGAGGAUUUCGGCUCUGCUUGUGGGAUAUUGGUCGUCUGCUUGUGUUGGGAAUCUUCGACCGUAG